AACAACGAACCACCGAAGUCUAUAAAAACCCAACCAAGUGCGAUCGCGCGCGCACGCUCUCGUCAAUAUCGAAAACGAAAAUAAAUUUCGAAAAUCCCAAAACGAAUUGCAGUGCUUUAGUUUAUUCUCUACAUUUUAGCGCGCGUGCAUUGCCAACGAAUUGAAAUAUAAAUGAAAUAUAAAAUAAAAAAUAACGAAAACAUCAACGAACAUUUUUGUGCAUGCCACGGUGGUUUUUGAGAAAAGCGCAGGCAGCGAGAAUUUAAAUCCAAUCACAUAUACGAGUAUACAUAUGUAUACAUGUGAAUAUAUACAUACAUAUGUACAUCCACAUUUAUAACCAAAGGCGUAUUGUUGGCCAAAGCGAAACAAAUCUAGAGGCGUAGCACAUGAAAACGACGCUGCAAAUUAGGAAUAUAAAAUUUAAUUAAACAUACAAAAAAUAGGCGCAUUGUAAUUAAUGUUGCUGGCGUGUGUUAAAAAGCUCACGAAACCAGCGCAAGGCAGUGCCAGUUGAAAAUUUAUUAUAUAAUUCUAUAAGCAAGUGUUGCCAUAAAUUGUUGCCAUAAUUGCACAGCCACCCAAAAAGGAAAAUAUUGUUGAAGGGUUUCCACCUUAAAGCUACUAUUAUUACUAUUAUGUUGACUUUGGCAGAGCUGCGCACAAUCCUAACUAUUGGGGCGCCCAGUUUAAUGCCUCAACAAUUGUUGAGCGUGAAACGCUUAAAGCCGCCGGAAACAAGCGACAAAAAUUGAGCUGAAACGCCAAUUCAAAACCUAAAACCAAGGAAACCCCAAAAAACGAACGCUGUUAGCUCCACGCGAAACGAACUUUAACCAACAUUUAAUCAAUUGGGAUAUAAAGACCAAACGAACGAAAUUUGGCGCCGCAAUCAACAAAAGCGGCACCACAUCAGCAACAACAACAAGAACAAAGACACUCAUUUUAGAGAAUUUCGUUUAGAAAAUUACAAAAACUUGCAACUUUUCUAAGAAAAGUUCGCUGUAAAUAUUUGAGUUUCACAAUUCUAUUUUAAAUUAUUUAUGUUGUCAUAAUUUAUUAUUAUUAUUGUUGUGUCUUGUUGAUUUAUUAUUUAGGCUAGAGUAGGCUUUAAAGAACCAAAUCGAAUUUAAAAGCUAGUCAUAUAGUAUCGGCCGCCCAACUGUGCGUAUACGUAACGGUAUUGCGUAUACAUAAUAAUAUUUAAUUAUUAAGUUAGCUAUAAGUUAGAUCAGACAAAGCGCAAAUGAUGAAAAAUCUCAAUUAUAAAACGCAUAAUGCGUGUUAUCAUCCAUACCAACAACAACAACAACAAGCGACAGCAUUGCAGCUGCAACAGCAACAGCAGCAUAGGCCACAACAACAAUUGCAGCUACCACUGCUCCCGUCCUAUACACAACCGUACAGUCAAUUGCAACAACAACAACAGCGACAAUUAGUAACGCAUAAUCAUUACAACAAUCAGCAACUGCUGCGUCAGCAGCAGCCCACGCACGCAGCAUACCAGCAACAACAACUAUCGCAACUUCAGUUAAGCCAAUCAUACGGCAACAACAAUAACAACAGUGUCGCCAACUGCUUUGCAGCUCGCAGCAAUAAUGUUAACUGCGUUAAUGUUAACGCCCACACGAACACGCCCAAUACUGUUGACGCCAACACGGCAACAGCCAUGGCUGCCAUGUGCCAAAUGCACACUUUUCUGAGCCAACCACAACAACAACAGCAGCAGCAGCAACAGUUACUAGAAUAUAACAAUAACUGUAAUGCGCAAAAUAAUUACCCCCAACAACAACAAGCAGAUACAUCUGCGCCGAGCACUACAACAAACACAAGCAACGAUAAAUUUAGUAUGGAUGCCAGUGAAAUAGCACAAUUUCUUGCUUCAGAGCUUUUUAUGCAGCAGCUCACCACUUUUGGGGACAUGGGAACUACAAUUCAGAGUGUGCCCACGCUGACGACACCUACACUGACACCCACGACGUUGCGCAGCAUCGAAGAGACGUUUCUCGAGAUAACCAAUGAAACGGUUAACUCGCCGUACCAGGCCGGCUUCAAGCCUCCGCCUUUGGGUCCUUUGGGAAAUGUGGCAAACAACAACAUGGCAAACAUGGCGACUGGAAUGAACAAUAAUAACAACUCCAUUGGCCAGUCCUUAGAAUUGGUCAAUUUGCAGAGAUACAACGGCAGCAUGGCCGGCAGCGACUCUGAGGACUCGAAUGGUUCCUACGGGGGCCAAUUUAAUGACGACCAAAGCACAACAGAUACUUCAAGUGCCGCCACCGAUAGCACCGGCUAUCAGAAUGGCAACAUCCUGGGCAACUCAAACGGUUGCAUUAACAACUUUACGGCCGCAUUGGCGGCCAACGAUAGCUCUGGACGCAUGUCGGCCCAGACGAACAGCAACAGCAACACGAAUACCUCAAAUAGUGCCACGCCUGCCCCACGUCGCGGUGGCGGAAGACGCCCCACUCGUGCCGCCAACAUGUCGCCCGAGGAGGAGGAGAAACGCCGAGUGCGCCGAGAGCGCAACAAACUCGCGGCGGCACGUUGUCGUAAGCGACGCGUCGAUCAGACUAACGAGCUGACCGAGGAGGUCGAAGCCCUGCAGAAAAAGGGCGAGACCAUGCGCAAGGAAAUCGAAAUGCUGAAUGCCACUAAAAAUCAGCUAGAAUUUGUACUCCAGGCACAUCGGACGACUUGUCAGAAAAUAACCGAGGAUAUGCUCACUGUUGCCACGUCCAAUGGCCUUAUUAGACCGGCGGCUCAGCUCAGCGCUGGUAGCUGCAGCAACAGCAGCAGCCAUCACAACAACAAUAGCAAUGACAGCAGCAAUGGCACCAUCACAGGCCUCGAUGCCACGCUUAACUCCACUGGUCGCAGCAAUUCGCCGCUCGAUCUCAAGCCCGUGAUCUUCAAUGAUCAGUUGUUGCAGCACAUUAAGCCGGAGCCACUGGAUUGUGCACUGGAUUCCAACUCUUCCCUAGAUCAGGAUGGACCGUCAUUGCCGAAGCGAUUUGCCGCUCAGCCGCUGCCCAACAUUUCCACCCUAACCGCAGCGAUUCGUACGCCCACAGGCGGGCCUUCGGGCUCACUGAAUACGCUUAUUGUGACCACGGCUCCCGUAAAUUUCGCCAAUUUUCCCAGCAGCAUUACCAGUCCCACACUCAACGCACUCAACAAGGUGCCCAAAACGCGUCCCAACACCUUGCCCGUGCAGCGACCAUUCGGCUCUCAAAUGCACCUAAACGUGGACGGCAAAGCGCCGCCAACACAAAUACAGGGCGUGCCCAUACAAACACCGUCCACAGGCACCUUCAAUUUCGACUCGUUAAUGGAUGGGGGCACUGGCUUGACGCCCGUGUCGGGACCGUUGGUGCCUAAUUGCUCGUCGCAGAACAAGCAUCCGCUGGAGCUGCCCACGCCCACAACUGAGUCGUCCAAGUUGGUUAGCUUAUAACCGUAGGACGCGUGGGAUGCGCUCAGCGCAAAUAACACAGUCAAUAUUAUAUUAAGUUUUAUACAAUAUGCGUAAUUAUUAAAUUUACAUUACACUUACUAUGCGAACGCUAAAAUGAUUAUAAAUUCAUUAUAUGUAAUUGUAAUUGUAACACGAAGUGCGCGAUAAUUUCAUGUUUGUAACGAAUAUUUUGUAUUUGUAACCUCUGGGCAGGCGGCAGAAGGAGCAAUCUAUCCCAUCCUUUGGCUUGUUUCUGAAAGAUGCCGAAGGAUGUGAUUGCGCCUUCUGCAUUUCACUGUUGCCUGCCAUUUUAAAAAUUAAUGCUUUUGUAUUAUUAUGUUUAUUACGUUUAUGAUUUAAUUUAUCUUUUCUAUUAUCUAUGUAUAUGUAUACUACAUAAACAGAUUUGUAUCUGUAUUUGUAUUUUUGUGCAAUUUUCAAACCUUACAUUUGCGUUAUAUAUAUUUUUUAAAAAUAUAUGCCUAACAUUUACAUCUUGAAUUCAAGCAGAACACUAUUUUUAAACUAAGUGAGCAAGCGAGAGUUGAACUGAAUGAAAGAAAGAGAAUAAAGGAUGCGUUGUGAUAUUUAUUAUAAAAAAAAUUUUAAAAAUAAACAUAAAUAACAAAAAACAAGCAAAUACAAAUUACCCAAGAGUGUAAUGAGCGGAUCUAAGCCGGUUUUUAAAUUGUACAUUUCAACAAAUUACAAAAUAUUCAAAAAUUAAUUAUAUACAUACAUACAUAUAUAUAUAUAUAUAUGUAAUGUAUAUGCAAAAGCCACAAACACUACUACUAAAUGCCUUGAAAAAGAGAAUUGUGAAAUCGAAAACAACAAUUUAUAUAUUUAAAAUGGAAAGCAUGCACGUUUUAUAUUUAAAUACAACAAAUGAGCAAACGAAAUUUGUACAUUUAAGCCGCUGUAGGAAACAACCACAAUAUGUAUAUUUUUACUAAACGCAGAAGCGCCUUGUUGUAUGUAAAAAGAUUUUAUAUUUUCAAGUACGAUUUAUAAAAAGUAUAAAUGACAAAAGCAAA